AUGAGCCAGCAGCAGCCCCUCGCCAUUGAAGACCACGCCCACAAUGAGGACCAGGGAACUACCACCCUCGAGGUCAACGGCAUGGCCGUCAAGCUGGACGCGCUUGGACCCGUGCUCGUGAAUUCGGACGGCACUCUUUCCCGAGUGGCCAACUGGGCGGAUAUGAACGAACUCGAGCGGGAACGUACCGUGCGGAUUCUGGUCAAGCGCAACAAGGUCCGCAUGACAAAGCUGGCCGCCAGCGUCGACGGCGAGAAGGUGUCGGCGCUCCAGGAGGCCGACGGCGCCUCGGAAAAGACUGCGUAG